AUGAAAGUGCAAGCAGCAGCUUACGACAUGCAUUUCGAAAAGCCUGGAGCUGCUCUUGUCCGACCUUGGAAAUUGGAGGAGCAUAAUACGAUCAAGUCGCCAUCCACGGCGACUACCAAGAUACCGCGAUAUCCCUCGCUUGGGGGGGCUCAAGAUUUCAAAUACCGUAUUUGA